AUGCAUUUUCAUGCAGAACAGGAAUGGAUGUACGGUUGUAUCGAAACGUAUGGUAAAUUGUCAUGCAAUGAAACAGCCAUUUAUGCAGGAAUCUUAGCUUUAAUUAGUGCUAUUUCUGGUGAUGCCUAUUAUGUUGAUGAAUGUAAUGGCCAAGAACCUCCUUUGAAUUUGUACGUUCACAUUAUUGGCGAACCAGGUGGGCAUUUAGAUAAAAAAAACGAGUCAGCAGCACCUGAAUCAAAAUUUCUUACGCAAGCAUAUGAUGGUAUUCACAAUGAGUCUGGUGGGACUGGUACAACGAAACAUGUAAUUGCCGAUGGCAAAUUAGCUAUUUUUGGUGCAUCGACUGGUCAAAGAUAUGCAUUUAACAUGCGUAAUUUUACACAAAAUAUUGAAAAUGAUGGUGUACUAAUUCGAAUGUCAUAUUUAGUUAUGCCAUAUGGAGGUGCAAAAUCCAUUUCAAAUCGAAUACCUAUCUCAAUGCCAAAUGUGCUUCAUAUUGGUGCUGUGAUUUUAUUAUUGAUUAAAUCUGUUUAUCCCAUACAGCUACGAUUCGAGAAAUUGCAAUCAGAUUUUGAUAAUGAACCACCACGUACGUUUUUUCUUGAAAAAUCGAACGAAAACCUACAAAAAGUUUCUUAUAAACAACAGAAUUGA